CUGUUGGUAAUGUUUACUUCCGGGUCGUACGGUCUUCGGCUUGUGGGGAUUGUCAUGUUUUCUGGAUUGUGAUAUAUUUUUUGAGUGUGACUAAACUAUACUCCUUUAAAAAAGUACUUUCUUCCAUUGCGGUGUGUUAUCCGUGUUCAUAUCACAACAAUGGCCGAGGAUGUCCAGAAGCACUCCGUCCACACGUUGGUCUUCAGAUCUCUCAAAAGGACGCAUGAUAUGUUUGUGUCCGACCAUGCGAAGUCCGUCGCACUGGAUGAUGAAAGCCACAAGGUGAAGAUGGGUGUGAAACUGAAGGCGGAUUAUAGUGCAGUUCAACACAUGCCUGUCCUGAAGGAAGGGAAGGACCGAGUGUCACAGCUUCCUGGCAGUAUGCUCGGCCACCAGAGCUACACACAGCCAGGGGAUGACCCAGAAUACCUGAUCACCGGGACACAUGCGUAUCCCUCUGGACCUGGAGUAUCCUUGACUGCUGACACAAAGAUGCACAGGAAUCCCAGUGAGGGAGGAGUCCUCUCCAUGGCGCUGGCCUUGCCGCCCUCACAGGCCAGGCAUGACAUAAGUCGCACUUCUGCCAGUGUUGGUGACAUCCAUCGACAUGCGGGAGGAGGAGAGAGAUCGCACCCUCAUUUGACUUCUGUGUCUCUCUUGGACGGAGGCACCAGAAAUUCUACGCUCUCCAGGAAAGCUCCAACCAUGCCUAAACCCCAGUGGCAUCCUCCAUGGAAACUGUUCCGGGUUAUCAGUGGUCACCUUGGCUGGGUGAGAUCCAUCGCUGUGGAGCCGGGGAAUCAGUGGUUUGUCACAGGCUCUGCUGAUAGAACCAUAAAGAUCUGGGACCUGGCCAGUGGGAAGCUGAAGCUCUCCCUGACUGGACACAUCAGUACAGUGCGAGGUGUGGCGGUCAGCAAUCGCAGCCCCUACCUGUUCUCCUGUGGAGAAGACAAGCAAGUCAAGUGCUGGGAUCUGGAGUACAACAAGGUCAUCAGGCACUACCACGGACACCUUAGUGCUGUGUAUGAUAUAGACCUGCAUCCAACUAUUGACGUGCUGGUGACGUGCAGCAGAGAUGCCACAGCGAGGGUGUGGGACAUCAGGUCAAAAGCUAACGUGCACACACUCACCGGCCACACCAACACUGUCGCCACAGUGAGAUGUCAGGCUGCAGAACCACAAGUCAUCACCGGCAGCCACGAUUCAACCAUCAGGCUCUGGGAUUUGAUUGCUGGAAAAACUAGAGCAACUCUGACAAACCACAAGAAGUCUGUCCGAACUCUGGCGCUGCACCCGAGACAAUACACGUUUGCCUCUGGCUCUGCUGAUAAUAUCAAGCAGUGGAUGUUCCCAGAUGGCAACUUCAUCCAGAACCUGUCAGGCCACAACGCCAUCAUCAACACUCUUGCUGUUAACUCUGAUGGCGUGCUGGUGUCUGGAGCCGACAAUGGAACCAUCCACAUGUGGGAUUGGAGGACAGGCUACAACUUCCAGCGGAUUCAUGCAGCUGUGCAGCCGGGGUCUCUGGACAGCGAGUCUGGCAUCUUUGCGUGCAAGUUCGAUAACUCCGAAAGCAGACUGAUCACCGCCGAGGCCGACAAGACCAUAAAAGUGUACAAAGAGGACGACACCGCCACAGAGGAAAGCCACCCCGUCAACUGGAAACCAGAAAUCCUCAAGAGAAAAAGAUUCUAAUGAUUUUUUAUUUGUUCUUCUUGUCACAGUAAUAAUGUUUAAUUGUAUUUCUAUCAAACCUCCUGAUGUAAAAUACGCCCAUCAAGUUUAGCUUCUGCUUUUUCUUAACUGAUGUGUCUUCGACUUGAAGCGGCCACAUUGUCUUUAUUCUAAAAACCAUUUGCAGUCUUCAUUGUACGAUGUAAGUCCAAUAAAGUGGCCAUUGUGGACUGCCAGGAACCUCCCCGAGUGUUUGUUCUUCAUGAUGACGGCUCUCUGGUGGCUCUGGUCCGUCAGAUCCACCAACAUCAGCCACUCUUCAGACGCAGCCGGACUGACCUCAGAGUGGACCUGGUUCCUGCUGGGGUCAAACCCUGCAGAGGGUGCGUUGGAAAACUGCAUUGACUCAAAGCUGCCAGUUGUACAGACACGGAAACAAGCGUGUCCUUUUUUCUUUUCUGGUUUUUGCAAUGUUACGUUUAUUUUCUUUGCUCCCAUUUAAUAAAAGUUUUUUCACAUAA